AUGGCGAAGACCACCCAGUUCAUCACCGCCCCCGCCCCCGGCACCGUGAUCAACCCCGUGCACACAUACACGGAAGAGCAGACCGCGCAGAUCGCCGCCCUGCGCGAGUACGCGCACUCGAUCGCGCUUCCCGAGUCCGACCCGUACCACCCCUUCGAGCGCCGCUGGCUCGACAGGUCCGACACCCUCCCGCGCUACAUGCGCGCCGCCAAGUGGAAGCUCGACGACGGCAUGAAGCGCAUCAAGGGUACCCUCGAAUGGCGCCGCGAGUUCAAACCCGAUCUCAUUCCCCCAGAUGAGGUCAAAAUCGAAGCCGAGACUGGAAAAAUCAUCCUGAACGGCUUCGACGUCGACGGCCGGCCCAUCAUCUACAUGCGCCCCGGGCGCGAAAACACUGAGACCUCUCCGCGCCAACUGCGCCACCUCGUCUGGGUCCUCGAGCGCGCAAAGGACAUGAUGCCGCCAGGCCAAGAGUCGCUCAUGAUCAUCGUCGAUUACAAGAGCACGACGCUGCGCACGAACCCCUCCAUCUCCAUCGCGCGCAAGGUCCUCACGAUCCUGCAACAGCACUACGUCGAGACCCUGGGCCGCGCGCUCGUCGUCAACCUCCCGAUGCUGCUCUCCUUCUUCUACAAGGGCAUCGCGCCCUUCCUCGACCCCAUCACGCGCGACAAGAUGCGCUUCAACCCGGACCUGUUCGAGCUUGUCCCGCGCGCGCAGCUCGACGCCGACUUUGGCGGCGAGUACGAGUUCGAGUGGGACUUUGAGAGCUAUUGGGCGCAGGUGGUCGAGCAUUGUGGAAUCGCGCCGGACGGAACGCAUAUCCGGGACAAUGACGGUCCUGCGCCAGCCCCUACCUCCGUUCCCACACCAACCCUAGGCGAGCAAUCCCGUCAAGAGAGCGAAACACCCUCGCUCACUCCCAGUAGCGAGGACACCGGUGAGCCUAAGAAGGAUCCUGCAGCGGCGCUGGUCGAGCCCGUAUCCUCGUAACCUAGGCAUCCUAUGGCAAACUUGCCAGUCUACAGCCCUUAGAGCGUCCGAUGCGCCUACAUUUGCAACCCAUCAUUUAACCUCCCACGCCCCCGCCGCCCCAUCCAUGUUCUUCUUCGCUGCACGGUAUUUAUACUCCCCUCUGUCACGCUCUUACCUGUCGUGUUUUCCUGUGCUGGUUUUGUAUGUAUGUACUCGUAUGCGACGGCGCCGAGGCCGAGGCCGUGCCGCACAGUGUCGUGUGUAUGUACUC